AUGGCUGGUCCGGCGAAGGCGUCGUGGAUGGUGGCCAUGAGCGUGGGGGCGGUGGAGGCGCUCAAGGACCAGGCCGGACUCUGCCGCUGGAACUACGCGCUCAAGUCCAUCCACCGAGCUGCCAAGGCCAAGGCCAACGUCCGCGCCGGCGGCUCGCAGAGCACGAAGCAGCUUCCGGCUUCCACGGCGGCCCUGGUGGAGAGGCGGCGAGCGGAGAAGGCGGAGGAGGCGCUGAGGACGGUCAUGUACCUCAGCUGCUGGGGACCCAAUUAG